GCUCGUGGCCUUAACAACUAACUUCCCUUGUUUGUAUUGUAGCCUUGAAUUCAACCCCUUGAUAAGGCAAUGAGCACCCUCCCUAAAACUCAAGGGAAAUCUGUCCCUGAUGCCUCCGACUACAAGGGCCACCCCGCCGAUAGGUCCAAAACCGGUGGCUGGACCGCUUCCGCCAUGAUAUUAGGUGGAGAAGUGAUGGAGAGGUUGACAACCCUCGGCAUCGCCGUGAAUUUGGUCACGUAUUUAACCGGAACCAUGCAUUUGGGCAAUGCUGCCUCUGCCAACGUUGUUACCAACUUCUUGGGAACCUCUUUCAUGCUCUGUCUCCUCGGUGGUUUUCUCGCCGAUACUUUCCUAGGAAGAUACCGCACUAUCGCCAUCUUCGCAGCCGUUCAAGCAACUGGUGUUACAAUAUUGACGAUAUCAACCAUAGUUCCGAGCCUACACCCUCCGAAGUGCAAGGAAGAGACGGUGGCACCUUGCGUGCGAGCGAAUGAGAAACAGUUAAUGGUGCUUUAUUUGGCGCUUUAUGUGACGGCCCUUGGCACUGGGGGUUUGAAAUCCAGCGUAUCAGGGUUCGGUUCGGACCAGUUCGAUGAUUCGGAUAGUGAAGAGAAGAAGCAGAUGAUAAAGUUCUUCAACUGGUUCUACUUCUUCGUGAGCAUAGGGUCUCUGGCAGCAGUGACUGUUCUUGUGUACAUACAAGACAACCAAGGACGAGGUUGGGGUUAUGGUAUUUGCGCAGGUGCCAUUGUGGUGGCGCUUCUUGUGUUCUUGUCAGGUACGAGGAAGUACCGCUUCAAGAAACUUGUUGGAAGUCCACUAACUCAGUUUGCUGAAGUCUUUGUUGCUGCUCUUAGAAAGAGGAACAUGGAAUUACCCUCUGAUUCAUCGUUGCUCUUUAAUGAGUAUGACACCAAGAAGCAGACCCUGCCACGUAGCAAGCAGUUUCGUUUCUUGGACAAAGCUGCAAUGAUGGACUCAUCAGAAUGCGGUGGUGCAAUGAAGAGGAAGUGGUAUCUUUGCACCUUAACAGACGUGGAAGAGGUGAAAAUGGUGCUAAGAAUGCUACCCAUAUGGGCCACGACCAUAAUGUUUUGGACGAUACAUGCUCAAAUGACCACAUUCUCGGUGUCACAAGCGACCACCAUGGACCGACACAUAGGAAAAACAUUUCAAAUACCCGCGGCAUCAAUGACCGUUUUCUUAAUCGGAACAAUUCUCCUGACUGUUCCCUUCUACGACCGUUUCAUUGUUCCCGUGGCAAGGAAAGUGCUGAAGAACCCACACGGGUUCAGCCCUUUGCAACGCAUUGGUGUUGGUUUGGUUCUCUCAGUGUUCUCCAUGGUGGCAGGGGCAUUAGUAGAAAUAAAGAGACUGAGAUAUGCACAAUCACAUGGUUUGGUAGACAAGGCAGCAAAGAUUCCAAUGACCGUGUUCUGGUUGAUCCCACAGAAUUUCUUAGUGGGGUCAGGGGAAGCAUUUAUGUACAUGGGGCAGUUAGACUUCUUUCUUAGGGAGUGUCCCAAAGGGAUGAAAACCAUGAGCACGGGGUUGUUCUUGAGCACACUCUCCUUGGGCUUUUUCUUUAGCACCUUGUUAGUGUCAAUAGUGAACAAAAUGACAGCACAUGGGAGGCCAUGGCUUGCGGAUAAUCUUAACCAAGGGAGGCUCUAUGACUUUUAUUGGCUUUUGGCCAUAUUGAGUGCUAUCAAUGUGAUGUUAUACUUGGUUUGUGCAAAGUGGUACGUGUACAAGGACAUGAGGCUUGCUGAGGAGGGCAUAGAAUUGGAAGAAGCAGAUGAAGCUACUUUUCACGGCCAUUGAAUCUUCUCCUACCAACUUUUUCCCUCCUUUUGUCUUUUUUUUUGAAAACCCUCAUGCUUGUAUCAAUAUGCUAAUCAAGUAUUUUCACACCCAAAAAAAAAUGGCUAGCAUAUACAUGGUUACCAUAAAUAAGCUUGUAAGUGGUGACCAUUGUCUGUGUUUAUACUGUGCAAAAGAGAAGGCAAAUAAAUUGAAUUGUUUACUCCAUAA